AUGUAUAACAUGUUUGGGUGGAGACCUUGGAAAACAAGAAUGCCUAGUACUUUGUCUAUUGUGGAACUUAAGGUGCAUAUGGAUUGCCAAGGAUGUGAAGAAAGAAUAACAAGGGCCAUCUCCAAACUAAAUGGUGUUGAUAGUUUGGAGAUAGACAUGGAAAACCAGAAGGUAACAGUAACAGGUUAUGUUGACAAAAGUAAGGUAUUGAAAACUGUGAGAAGAACAGGAAGAAAAGCUGAGUAUUGGCCAUUUCCUUAUGACAGUGAAUAUUAUCCAUAUGCUUCACAAUAUUUGGAUGAAUCAACAUUCACAUCUUCUUACAACUAUUACAGACAUGGUUUCAAUGAGACUGUUCAUGGAUAUUUUCCUGAUCAGGUUUACUCAACUGUUCCUGAUGAAACUGUUUUUCUCUUCAGUGAUGACAAUGUUCAUGCACCAUGCACCAUCAUGUAA